AUGUCGCUCGACCGCAUCCUGCAGCAGAUUACCACCACAACUAAUCUCAAUAUCUUGGACCAAACAUUGGAAACCAGUCUUCCCAAGGAGUCGAGGGACACUCUUCUUUCAAGUCCACUUGCGAGUGGUCAAGAUCCUUUGAAAAUACUGGACCUCACGCAAAACAAUUGUAUAUCAUCUCGACUGAGCGUUACCAAGAUUGCGGUGCAUCUCCAGGUCAUAACCACAUUCCUACCUGAACAAGCCCGUCUCGCCCCCAGAACGAGUGACUGCGUUAGCGAAGGGAAUCUAUCGAUAUGGGCUCUCCAAUGGCAGCGUGUUUUCCUUUUCGCUCGCAUCAUGGGCUGCCCAGCAACUGUCCAGCCACUAUUCAAUCUUGUCCCCCACAUCAUUUGUCACCACAAUCCAUCCUGUUUUCCUGCAAGCUGCGUUGUCGCUAGCCAGCCUAGUGCUGCCUGCCCUCGCCACUCCCAUUGCAAACGUCUCAACUCUCCUGUCCGACCUCACUUAUAA